AUGGUGGAGGUGUUAAAGAGAUAUCAAGAUUCGUCGGGACAGAUGGUUAAUCUUGAUAAGUCUGAGGCUUCGUUUAGUCAAAAUGUGGCUGAAAGUGAGAAAAAUUUAAUCCGUAACAAGAUGGGUGUAAAGACGAUUGAAGCUCAUACUAAAUAUCCGGGGUUACCAGUUCUGUUUGGCAGAUCUAAAAAGGUAGUCUUUUCUCAAGUUAUUGACAGGGUGUGGAAAAAGGUGAAAGUGUGGAAGGAAAAGAUUAUCUCGAGGGCUGGAAAGGAAGUGCUAAUCAAAUCAGUGGCUCAAGCAAUCCUGACAUAUGUUAUGGGUUAUUUGAGGCUUCCUAAAGAAUGUUGCAAAGAGAUAGAUGAGCUUCUAGCUAGGUUCUGGUGUGGUUCCUCAAAAGAGGAAAGAAGGAUCCAUUGGAUGAGUUGGUCCAAGAUGGCUAAAGCGGAAAGUUCGGAAGGUUUGGGCUUUAGGGUUAUCAGUGACUUCAAUGUUAGUCUGCUUGGUAAACAGUAUUGGAGGCUUUUAACUGGAAGCUCCUCUUUGCUUGAACGUGUGUUUAAGAUCCGAUACUGCCCAAGAACUUCUAUCAGUGAGGCACAAGUGGGUUACAGGCCCAGUUACGCUUGGAGAAAUAUUCUUGGAGCAAGAGGUGCGGUGGAAUUGGGGAGUAGAUGA